UUGAUUCGUUUAGGCAAAGGUGAAAGUAUUUGGGACAGAUUCACCCAUCAGCGGCCUGACUUGAUCUUCGAUCACAAGAAUGGGGACGAGGCAGCUGAUUCAUACUACAAGUUCAAAGAAGACGUAAGACUCAUGAAGAGAAUGGGUGUAUCGUUUUAUCGUUUCUCAAUAUCCUGGCCAAGAAUACUGCCUGAUGGAUUAUCCAACGAAGUUAAUGAAGACGGAAUCAGAUAUUACACUGAGCUUCUCGAAGAGUUACGUCGUAAUGACAUCAAGUCGCUAGUGACCAUGUACCACUGGGACUUGCCUCAAGCCCUGCAAGACCUGGGCGGCUGGACCAAUCCUAUUAUAGCUGAUUACUUCUUGGAUUACGCUAGGGUGUUGUUCGAUAGUUUCGGUGAGCUAGUGACCGCGUGGUUGACUUUCAACGAGCCGUAUUCGUUCUGUCGCGGUGGGUAUGGAGGCUUGGAGGCGCCGGGCGCGGCGGCUAGCGGGCUCGAGGACUACAUGUGUGGACACACGGUGUUACGUGCACACGGCAUGGUUUACAACAUGUACAAGAAUGAAUACAGACAUAAAGUUGGAGCUGUCGGCAUCACAUUAGACUUCCCAUGGUUCGAAGCGGCCACGACAUCUAUCGAUGACCAGAUCGCGGCAGAAACUGUCAGACAGUUUAAUUUCGGCUGGUUCGCCAAUCCUAUAUUCUCAAAGACCGGUGACUAUCCGUCUAUCAUGAGGAAGAGAGUCGACUCCAUUUCACGGAGACAACACUUCACGAGAUCUCGUCUUCCAACAUUCACGAAAGACGAGAUUGAGAUGAUAAAAGGUUCCUCAGACUUCCUGGGUCUGAACCAUUACACCACGUACCUGGUCACUAAGAAUAAAUCCAAGAUAUCUAUUACCCCGUCCUUCGAAGCCGACACGGGCGGUAUAUUAUCACAAAAAGCCGAAUGGCCGAAAUCAAAUUCAACAUGGCUUAAGGUCGUGCCGUGGGGUUUCAGGAAAGCUCUGAACUGGAUAAAGAACAAAUACGACAAUCCUAUAGUUUUUAUAACAGAGAACGGUAUAUCUCUGGAGCGAGGCGUGACGGACAGACGGCGCGUCAACUACAUCGACGGUUACUUGAGAGCAUUACACGCCGCCAUCUUGAAGGACAAGUGUCGAGUGAUCGGCUACACGUACUGGAGUCUCAUUGAUAACUUUGAAUGGACGAGGGGUUACUCAGAACGUUUCGGAUUGUAUGAAGUUGACUACGAGUCCCCGAACAAGACUCGCACGCCGCGACUGUCCGCCGCUUACUUCAGCCGGCUGGCGAGGGACCGCUGCCUGCCGAAUAUGGACCUUACUGACUAG